AUGUUUUCCUUAAGAUCAUCAUCUAGUCGUGUUAUUUCAUCUGUUAACAACUUAGCUAGAGCCACUAGAGUUAGUGGUUCAUCAAUGGCUUUUGUUAGAUCUAAAUAUAGUUUACCAGAAUUAGAUUAUGAAUUUUCUGCUACUGAACCAUAUAUUUCUGGACAAAUUAAUGAAAUUCAUUAUACUAAACAUCAUCAAACUUAUGUCAACAAUCUUAAUGCAUCAAUUGAACAAGCUGUUGAAGCUAAAGCAAAAGGUGAAGUUAAAAAAUUAGUUGCUUUACAAAAAGCCAUUAGUUUUAAUGGUGGUGGUUAUAUUAACCAUUGUUUAUGGUGGAAAAAUUUAGCUCCUGUUUCUCAAGGUGGUGGUCAACAUCCAGAUGCUGAAUCCAAUUUGGGUAAACAAAUUGUUAAACAAUAUGGAUCUGUCGAUAAAUUAAUUGAAUUGACUAAUGCUAAAUUAGCUGGUAUUCAAGGUUCUGGUUGGGCUUUUAUUGUUAAAAAUAAAUCUAAUGGUAACACUGUUGAAGUUAUCACUACUGCUAAUCAAGAUACCGUUACUGAUCCAAAUUUGACUCCUUUGAUUGCUAUUGAUGCUUGGGAACAUGCUUACUACUUACAAUAUCAAAAUGUUAAAGCUGAUUAUUUCAAAAACCUUUGGAAUGUUAUCAACUGGAAAGAAGCUGAAAGAAGAUUUGAAUUUUAA